GUCUAAUGCCAAACAAAUUUUCUUGAUAUUACAUAAAAUUCUGUCAGUUCAUUCUGAGGUUUUGUAAAAAACAGUAAAAAACGUGACUUUUGAACAGGCAAAAUACAAAAUUUUUGAUUUACAAAUAUGUUUGGAUUUUUAAAUCAUUUGAAAAGUAGCUGGCAGGCGGUUACGGCAACCGCCACUAAUACAAAUGGAUUGGGCUCUCAAAUUCGUAUACUUGAGGAUCGUGAACGGAAUUAUACACUCUUAGGAUUGAGACGAUAUUUUCCCGAAGACGUUAAUGAAGAAAUCUAUAGAAAAUUCCUUAUGGAUUUCUGUGCUAGGCAAAGGAUAAGCAUCGAAGAGGGUGUGCCAAAGGCAUACGCAUUUUGGACUAAUAUAAAAGAGGCGGAAUUAAGAAAAAAAAAUAAAUACUACGAAGUUAAUUACUUUAAAAAGGAUAAGGCCUUAAAGACCAAAAAUCAGCUAAAAUCUCGCAUAAAAAAGAAAGCUGUAUCAAAAAGUAAGAAACGAAAAAGUGCUGCGAGAAAACCCAAAAGAACAGCGGCUAACAAAUACAAGUAUUCUUCGCGGUCUCAAGCAGUACUAAAAAGACAAGCUACAGAAAGAAAACCUCACUUAAGGCAAGGAAAACUGAUCAAGUUCACAAAACAACAACAAAACAUGAUAGUAAAACGACCUCGGGCUCGAAAUCCUGUGAACCCUACGUCUAGUUCCACACCAUUCGAUUUGCGGUCUAGUUCGCAAAUUAGGGCAAAUGAAGCAUAUCUGUCAGACAUGGCGGCUCCAAAUAGUUGUCUAAUGCCACUUUCUGAUUGCAAAGUUUUUCAAUUAUUAGAUAAAAUUAAAGAGAUUCAAUUGAAUUUGGAAAAGCUAAAUAAGAGCGGUGAUGAGACAGCAAAUAAGCGUGGCAAUCAUAAUCCAGAGCAAAUUUGUGGGUCAUCGAAUUCGAGCCAUCCAGUUAGAAUUAAGCAAGAAAAGAUAUCCUCGACAGAGUUACGUGAAGUUCCAGUUAAAAUUUUUAAUAAAAAAUAUGAACCAGGAAAUCCUUCAAACAGAAUUCAAUCAAAUGAAGGUGAUGAACUGAACCAGUCAGUAAUAAGGGAUAAUCAAAUUGAUCUUACUAAUAAUUCACAAAUUGGUGGGCGAAAACGAAAAGUUCAAAAGCAAUCAAAAUUAUCCACAGUUGUGCAAAAAGGUCCAAAGGGGAGAAAAGCAAAGAAGAUCGAACCUAAAAAGCCAAGGCCCAGGAAAACAAUUAGUGUUAAGGACACUUAAGGAAGUUUCCCCAACAAUUCGCCAGGCUUAUCCCCCCGAAGCACUCUUAAUAUCAUAUUUAUGUUCUCAAAAU